AUGCCAAGUGAGCACCACCUGUUCGAGAUUGCGGCCACUGGGCUCGGCGGCGGUUCUCCUGGUCCUCACUUCAAGAUCUCUUCUGACUUGGACGACUCUUCUUGGUCUCCCUGCAUACAAGGCUACAACUGGCGAUGCGUCGACUGCACUGAUCCCGCUGCUGGUACAACGUCGUUCACCCUCUGUCUCCCUUACAGCAGCACCCGAGAGCCCCUUAACGCAUCGUUCAAGCUCAGCCUGCUCGACCGAGGUGGCUGGCCGGUUCCGUUCAGGACCCGAGCAAUCUCGUUCCAGAACUGCGUGAUCCCGCAGAUGCUGCAGUGGGAGUGUCCCGGCUUCAUCACCAGGGACGAUCUGCAACGGCAGGAGUACCUUACCAAGGACGGCCGCUUCACCGUCCGGUGCGACAUCGCCGUCAAGCCCUUCACGGCUAAGGAAGACGUCUUCUUCGUCACGGUGCCCCCGUCCGACCUUCACCGGCACCUCGGCGACCUGCUGGCGCGCAAGGACGGCGCGGACGUCACCUUCCAGCUAGUCGAAGGCGGCGAGACGUUCUCCGCGCACCGGUGCGUGCUCGCGGCGCGGUCACCGGUGUUCAGAGCGCAGCUGUUUGGCGAGAUGAUGGAGAGCAAGAGCGCGGCCAGUGGCGUCAUACCGACUGAGGACAUGGAAGCGCAGACUGCCGACGACAACACCGAGGAAGACGGUGAUGACGACGAAGCGAUGCCGGUGACGACGAAGCAUCUGCAUGACGCCGCUGACAGGUACGGCCUCGAGAGGAUGAAGCUGGUUUGCCAGGAGAAGCUGUGCAAGCACAUACGUGCAGGCUCCGUGGCGGCGAUGCUGGCUUUGGCUGACCGACACCACUGCCCUGGGCUCAAGGAGGCGUGUUUUCAUUUCUUCACUGCUAGUGCCAAUCUUGACUCCUUCACUCAAACGGAUGGCUUUGAGGUGCUCAACGCUAGCUGCCCAGCUGUUCUCAAGGAGCUACUGGCCAGGCAUGCAACCGUUUUGAUCUUUUGA